AGACUCAACCCGCUCUUGGAAUGCGUGCGCAACGUAAGCAAAGAGUUUGGCGACAUUAUUCCAGACUUUCAACUCGGAAGAACGACAUGUGCUCUCUACUUGAGUCUAAGGUAUCAUAGACUUCACCCAGAGUACAUACACCAACGGAUACAAAGGCUCGGAAACCUAUUUACGCUCAGAUUGCUAAUAUUGAUGUGUGAUGUCAGCGAACAUCAAGAACCCAUACGUGAACUGACAAAGAUCUGUCUUAUCAACAACAUAACCAUUAUUGUUUGUUGGUCAAAUGAGGAAGCCGGAAUGUAUCUUGCGACAUAUAAGCUGUUCGAACACAGGCCCCCAGACCUCAUUAAAGAACGUGUCGACAAGGAGUACAACGCAAUGCUGCGUUCGGCUUUAACAAGUAUCAAUAAAGUAAACAAGACUGACGUUGAGACGCUCAGAACUUCUUUCGGAAGUUUUUCAAAAAUCGCACAUACCACACCCGAAGAAUUACGGCGCCUCCCUGGUUUUGGCCAAGUGAAAGUUCGGCGUAUUCUGGAAGCUUUCGACAAGCCAUUU